UAGCUUGGUUAACGCUGGGGCAGGUUGCGUUCAGGUGCAGAAAGGAAGCGACUCCGCCGAGUUAUCUAUACAAAUAUUCUAAACUUGUUAGAGCUGUCUCUUCGGAGGUAACUCUGGGAUCAAACUUCACUAACUGGGUUUUAUCUGAGUCCGCUGGGAAGCGCCAACAGGAAUAUAACGCUCACUGCUUCAGAGCUGCAGAUGCAGGAGGUCAGCGGGGCCUGCAGCCUGGACGAUGACAUGCUGGAAGGAGACCUGGGGGAUGGGACAGGGGGGUUAGCACCCAGUGGGCCCCUGAGGAAGAAGAGCCAGAGCCUCACAGCAGACAGCCUGCUGUCCAGAGCAGAGCCGAGGAGCAGCAGCCUGGGGGGGGGCGCCUGGAUCCCUGGCCUGAAGACAGCAGGGCCCCAGCAGAGGGCCCACUGGAGGCCCCCCUGCUCCGGCUCCCUGGUUGACCUUUCCAAAGACGAGCUGAAGGACAGACUGCAGGAAGCAACUGAGGUGAUAGAGGUGUUGUGCUCUGAGCUGGAGGUGGCACAUCGUUACCUGGAAGGCAAAUACGAAGCUCUGAAGAUCCUGCAGGGGAAGACCAUUCUGGACAAAGCCACGAGUCACACUAAGAGUCUGCUGCAGAAAAGUGAGGCGACGGCCAAAGCUCUGGAGAAGGAGGUGAACAGCUUGCAGUGGGAACUGAGCUUCAGCCAGGUCCAGAUGAAAAAGUCUCAGCAGUCCUGGGAGCCGAAAUACAACAGAAUACUGAGUGAGAACAAGGCUCUGACUGACAGCCUGGAGGAAAGAGAGAGUGAGAUGCAGCAGCUGCGAGCAGAACAUUCUGCUUGUAGUCGGCAGUGCUUGGAGCUGCUCUCCUUGUUGAGUUUGAAGGAGCAGAGAGCUUACCAAGGAACCAAACCUCAGUACAGCCCCGAGAGAGACGCAGCUGAUCUGGAGCUGGCGGUGCUGGGGGCCUGCCGGUGCCCGGGGGCUGCUCCGUGUCCCUGCGGUCGCACCGCUGCAGCCAGCAGGAAGCAGCUGGUGCAGCUCCAACAGGAGAAAACGGGAAUGGAAUUAUCAACUGCGUCACGGAUCACGGACAUUGACAAAUUACAGCAGAGUACGGAGAAAGACGGGACAUCAGUGAAUGAAAAAGGAAUGGAAAAUGACAACGGAAAUGCGAAUGGACAAAAUGAAAAAACAGGAGUGGGAAAACAAAAGGAGCUGGACGCUCAGCAUUUGAGGAGAGAGGAGGCGUUAAUGGUUGCAGAUGCUUUUCGGAUCGCCUUUGAACAGCAGCUGAGGAAACGCAGCGAUCACUUCCUGCUGCGGGCUGAAGGCAACGCACAACACAGCAAGGCUGAAGGAGCCAACAGGAGUCCCUUAAUGAGUGUGAGCCAGAGGCUGAGAGGUCUGCUGCCCUCCAAGACGUCCGAGGACCUUCUAGAGACUCUGUACAGACUGCUGGACCUGCUGAAUGACAAGGAGGAGGCUCUGGCCCACCAGAGGAAGGUGAGCCUCAUGUUGGCCCACAGUGCAGAGGAGCUGCAGAGACAGCUGCUGCUGGACUCACACUGCCGCAAACCAGAACCAUCAGAGAACCACAGCCAGUCUCAGCAAACAUCAAAGAACCAAAACCAUUCUCUACAAACAUUGGAACACUCAGAAAACCAGAACCAGCCUCAGCAAACCUCAGAGCCGUCAGAGAACCAGAACCAGCCUCAGCAAAACUCAGAGCCGUCAGAGAACCAGAACCAGCCUCAGCAAACCUCAGAGCCGUCAGAGAACCAGAACCAGCCUCAGCAAAACUCAGAGCCGUCAGAGAACCAGAACCAGCCUCAGCAAACCUCAGAACCGUCAGAGAACCAGAACCAGCCUCAGCAAACCUCAGAGCCGUCAGAGUCUGAGACAAAAGCACAGCAAUAAGCAGAGCUGUCACAUCCACUGCUUCAGGCCGGCCCAGCACCAGGUCUGCCCGAGUCCAGCACUGAAUCACUGGAGCUAUUGGAACCUUUGCAGUCCCCCAUCCAGCCACUGACCAACCACAAGAGCUACCAAACCAAACCAUCGGACCUAGCAGACUCCGAGGGUGGUCCUGUAGAUUUGGAUGUAGCGUCUGUGAUGUAAAUUGUAAGAGAUUACAUAAUCAGGAUACAAAAAAAAAGGUAACUGUAUUCGAUUACAAUUACAUUAAAAAGUAAGAAAUCAGAUUACUGUUACAUUCUUUAAACACAGGGAUUACCAGCAGGAUUACAAUGUUACAAAACAUUUGAAAUUAAAGAUUUAUAUACGUAUACUAAAGGUA